AACGUCACCAUUUAUUUAUCCAAGCGCUAAACACCCCCUUCCUUUUUAAACCCUGUGCGAUCACCAGCGUGUGGUACUCUCCGGUCUAUUUUUCUUAACUUUGAAACCCGCAGUUGUAUAUCUAUCAUAAUCCGAAUUCAGUCCUCUUCCCCCGGGGAUUGUUUUGAUAAAGAUGGCGGAAAGGGGUGAAGGCAGCCACAAACGGUCGAAAAGCGCACUGGCGCUGGCCAUCCUACACCGUGAUAAGUCCAAGUCAGGGGACCGAGACGACGACUACGCCAGCCAAGCAGAGUCCAAUCCUUCGUCGCCGAUAAAUCAACCUUCGCUUCCCCCAAGACUGUCAAUGACGCACGUUCGCAGCAAUGGUCGAAGAAGCUACAACAACCAAGAAGCAGCGUCGUCGCCCAGCCUUGCAGAAGAGCCUAUCGAGUUGGCUUCAUCCUACCGAAGUGGAAGCGCAUCGGACAGGAUGCAAUCCGUCUCGUACACAGAAAGCGGCAGUCUGUCACUUGACCAGUCUGUGCGAAUGUUUCGACUCUUCGAGGUUCUGCGAAGUGGCGAUACAACAGCCAUCUCAAAGGCGAUCCGGGAGGCCAAAGACGCCCAGAAAUCGAACACCCACCUGUCUGAAACGAGUAUCCUCCACCUGGCAAUACAAUGCGCGGAGCCGCAAGUCGUGGAAUAUGUUCUGUCUGCGGCUGAAGAUUUGGAUAUCAACGGGCGCGAUCGUGAAGGAAACACACCCCUGCAUAUUGCCGCCCAGCUUGGGAGAGGGCCCUUGGUGCGCGAAUUGCUCAGCCAACCAAAUGUGAACGACUCGAUCAUGAAUUAUCGUGGCCAGACAGCACUUGAUCUUGCCCGGACCCCAGACAUCUUUCAGCAACUCCAGCUGGCGCGGUCUCUAUUUAUCGAUACGAAGACUCGUGAGGUUCAGGCUCUUGCCAAUCAAGGAGACUACGAUCAGUUGGAAAGAUUACUGGAAGAACCUCGCGUUGAAGGGCUUUUGGACGUGAACAGUUUGGAGCUAGUCACCGAUCGUGUUACCGCGCAAUCUGGCGGCACUCUACUGCAUGAAGCCGCGCGAAAGAAGGACACCAAACUCAUACAAAUCCUUCUAAUGCACGGCGCAGACCCUUUCCGUCGUGAUAAAAAGGGUAAACUACCGCAGGACGUCACCAAGGACGACAAGACGCGAGCAAUUGUCAAGAAAUCGCCAGCGGCUGUCAUGGCGCAACGUGGCAUUCAGGAGAAAGCGAUUCUUGGUAGUAGCGUUCAAAAUGCGGCAGCACGAGCUGGAGCAGGUGAAACACCUCUUGCUGGCAAGGAUGCGCGUGAAAUGAGAGGUUACUUGAAGAAAUGGACCAACUACACCGGUGGCUAUAAGCUGCGAUGGUUUGUUCUUGAAGAUGGGGUUUUGAGUUAUUACAAGCACCAAGACGAUGCCGGAUCGGCCUGCCGUGGUGCCAUUAAUAUGCGGAUCGCCAAACUUAACAUGGAUGCGCAGGACAAGACUCGGUUCGAGAUCCAAGGGAAAUCUUCUGUCAAGUAUCACCUCAAGGCGAACCACGUCGUGGAAGCGAAGCGAUGGUUUUGGACUUUGAACAAUUCCAUUCAGUGGGCUAAAGAUGAAGCUAAGGAAGAGGAAAAAACUCGAAUGCGAAAUGCCGAGGCUCUUCGUCAAGCAAAGAUCGAAAAGACUGAGGCGCGAGCCGGUGAGAAUAUUUCAGAAUCACCAACUCUUGCGAGCGGCAGGUCGAACAGUGCGAAAGGUCUUUCGGUACCGCCGUCCGGUAUCCCUGGCAGCAGUAUUGCGAGAUUGAGCUCAUUCACUUCGCGAACAACACUAGAGAGCGUGCCUGGAGACGAUGAGGCGUCCUUGCACGAUUCCUACGAACCGAGCGUUGCUCAGAAUGAAGUCAAUAGGGUUGUCAGCCAUAUCACAACCGCUCCGGACAUUGAAGGAGACGACGAUGAUUAUGGCGACUACGUGUCCAGUCGGGACAUGCCGAUGACUGACAAGGAUGCGCUUAACAUAACUGCACAGUCUGCGAAACUCCAGCUUGAUCUCCUGGCUAACAUUUCUUCUUCUCUGCAAACUGAAAAGUUGAAGAAUGCGAAUAUGACGAUCUCCGACCCGAGAAUGGAUUCAGCUUUGACGGCUUACGAAGGUGCCGUUAGCAGUCUCAAGGGCUUGGUGCAGAAUCUUCUGCAGAUAUCUAGAGACCGAGAUGCAUAUUGGCAAUAUCGGCUAGAAAAGGAAGCCAAUAUCCGGAAGAUGUGGGAAGAGAGCAUGGCAAUGGUUGCUCAAGAGCACGAGGAUCUACAAUCGAAAAUGGGCGAAUCCGAAGAAAAGCGUAAACGCACCAAACGGGCCCUCAAAGAAGCCUUGGGAAAUACAUCGGCAAACCCUAGUCGCCCACUCAGCGCAGACCACUCUGAACUCAAUAUUGUAGGUGAGUUACCCAGGCAAGUGCCAAAUGAUGGACAACAGACUGCUUCGGACAUGAACGAGACGGUCGAGAAAGUCGCCUAUCUUACGAAGAGCUUCGAAGACCACACGCUCAAUCGCAAGAAAUCAAUUAUAUCCCAGCUCAGUGAUAUCUACGAUUCCGAUGAGUCAGAUGAGGAGUUCUUUGAUGCCGUUGGCUCUGGCGCUAUUGAAGUACAGGAUCUUAAAGAACUUGAGGCUGCUGAAAACCCACUGGAGCCCGAGGAUGAAAGUUCGGAACUUCGAGCCCAGAAGAGAAUGGAGAUCUCGCCCUCUUUCAAAGGAUAUGAAGAUCCAAUCCGUGAGAGACUUAAGAUGGAUAAUGAUAACAGACCUAAAAUUUCGCUAUGGGGCAUUCUCAAAUCUAUGAUCGGCAAGGAUAUGACAAAAAUGACUUUGCCAGUGUCUUUCAACGAGCCAACUUCCCUCCUCCAGCGAGUUGCAGAGGAUUUGGAAUAUGCAGAUCUUCUUGAUAUUGCUGCAGACCGGAGCGACUCACUGGAACGUCUAGUCUAUGUUGCUGCCUUUGCAGCCAGUGAGUAUGCCUCUACGAUCGGCCGCGUUGCGAAGCCUUUCAAUCCUCUACUUGGCGAGACGUUUGAGUACGUGAGACCCGAUAAAGGAUAUCGCUUCUUUAUCGAGCAGGUCAGUCACCAUCCACCCAUUGGUGCAGCCUGGACCGAGUCGCCUAAGUGGGAUUACUGGGGAGAAUCGGCUCUCAAGUCCAAGUUCUAUGGAAAGUCAUUUGACAUCAAUCUUCUCGGCACUUGGUUCUUGAGACUUCGUCCUGUAACCGGAGGAGAGGAACUGUAUACCUGGAAGAAAGUCACGUCAUCUGUCAUCGGUAUUAUUACAGGAAGCCCAACGGUUGAUAACUAUGGCUUGAUGGAGGUCAAAAAUUGGACAACCGGCGAGGUCUGCUACCUGGAUUUCAAACCGAGAGGAUGGAAAGCCUCGUCUGCGUAUCAAGUCAGCGGAAAGGUGGUGGAUUCCAACGGUGAUCCGAAAUGGAGCAUCGGGGGACGUUGGAACGACAAGAUCUAUGCUCGCCACACCCCCGGAUUCGAGGCGCAGGUUAGUAGCCUGGAUCCAGAAUCAUCAAAGACCUUCCUUGUCUGGCAAAGCAAUCCUCGGCCGAGUGAGAUGCCAUUCAAUCUGACACCCUUUGUCAUCACCCUCAACGCCAUCCCCGAGGCUCUCAAGGGCCAUCUGCCGCCGACUGAUACCCGGCUCCGCCCGGACCAGCGCGCCAUGGAAGACGGCGAAUACAGUUUCGCGGCAGAUGAGAAGCAUCGCGUCGAAGAGAAACAGCGGGUCAAGAGGCGCGAGCGUGAAACCAAGGGACUCGAGUAUACUCCGCAGUGGUUCACUAGGGCCAAAUGUCCUAUUACCGGUGAAGAAUACUGGGCUCACACCGGCGGCUAUUGGAAGUCCAGGGAAGCGCAUGAUUGGAGCCGAAGCGAAGAUAUUUUCUAAUAGGGACGCCUGCUGUAUCAACUCUAUAUAUUCAUUAUAAUCCCUAGCCUUUGUCUAUAUCGUCAGUCUGCUGUUAUUGCUUGUUGGAAUGAUCAAUGCUAGAUAAUUAAGCAGCAGUCACUCUGUGACAUGAACAAUGCCAGGCUACUGAAAGAUGAAGAUUUUAUUGUAUUUCCUAGAAGUACAUCUGAAUAGCCAUGGUCCAUCUCGG